UCCGUCUUUAACAAUGCGCGAGUACGUCGAACCAAUGAAUUGAUAAACGACGAAUCAACAAGAUGAUCUUUUAUCUACUGAAAACAUGUACUAGGAUAUUACCAUUUGAAGCAGUCCUUUGCAGCUUCAUAUUACGUGUGUGGACGGUAGACUUUCGAUUUUGCUACUGCUGCUUCUGAGAAGCGUCGGAAGCCUUUGCUCUAGAUAUGGCUGCAGCGCGCUGUGCCGUCUUCAUCGUAUAACUGUUUGUUAAAGGAGAGCUGGGAAUAUCGGAAGAUAAUCGACCACCAAAGUAACUUGUGUCUGAUUGUAUCCUAUGCGUGCUCGAACACGCCUAUAAACGUACAGCGCCCAACUUUAAGCACUGAUUGAAAACAAAAAUAGACAACUGGCUCAACUCGAAUCCAAGUUCUGUAGAAAUAAUAACAUGACAGUGACUAUAAGCUGACUAGAUUAAACGAAUGGGUAUUUGGAACAGUCUGUUGAAGACAUCGACUUUGAAGAUGCUACUUCACAACGCAACAAGGAACAACUUCUACUAUCGAGGCUAUGAUUCCAGGCAAGAGAUUGACCUUCUCGUAGAUCGAUUCCAAAAGGCAUCUGUGCGUCGCAAGGAAAAGGAGUAUGAGAUGCGGAAAAAGAAAAAACGGUCAGGCACACCUCAGCAAAAAGAACCGCAAGGGUCAUUUCAGUUGCAGAAAGUCUACGAGGAUAGUUCUGAAUCUCAGAUUUGCCAAGGACCCACGUUACGUUUCAUGAAGAAGGUAUUCUUAUCAUCAGCGGUUAAAGUGUCGGGUCGGACCGAACAGCAACUUCCGUCAUAUCUGGAAGAUGAGUUUAUCUUGAAGUGUCUUGUUUGGCACAAUAUCUUCCGGUCGCGUCAUCAAGCGGCCGCUUUACGUCUCAGUUUUCCGUUGUGCCAUGAAGCUCAAAGGCUAGCUAACGAAAUCGCCCAUACAGAUCGUAUUAGUUUUCAUGAAUCGUUAAAAUGGCCAAAUGGCAGUUGUAACUCCGAGGAUUCGAAAAGUCCGUCGGCGAAACUCCACGAACGUGGCUUUGGGCAGAGCCUUUACGUCAAAUAUCAACCACUCCUUCUCGUGGAUUCACGCAUGGAUGUGACGGCAAAGGAAGUUGUUAAGCAUUGGUACCACGGGGGAGCGAUGCGUUAUGAUUACUCGCUUCAUCCGGAAGUACUACACACGCAGGGAGCCGCAUUUUCGCAGCUCGUUUGGAGGGACUCUACGGAUCUGGGAAUUGGAAAAGCUCAUUCUUUGCACAACGAAGCAAAGGUAAUUGUUGUCGCCCUUUACACACCUCGUGGAAAUGUGCAAGGUCUAUUUGUGGACAACGUACGACCGUAUGUUAAAACGUGCACAACUCCGAUCGGAUCAGACGUUUCUGAGGACGAGUCAAGUGAGAAGCCUUGUGCCAGCGAAAGAUUUUCCAAGAUUGACGAAAAAAUAGUCUACGCUGACGCAGUUUAUUGACGUGGCCUUUCAUUAAUUCUAGUGCUUUAUCAAGCGUUACCAAGUUAGCGUCACUGUCGAUACCCUUGCCCUUUGGUAAAAUGUCUCACAUUGCAUUAACAGUUUAAUGUAAAAUUGUGUAAACUAGUAUAGCAAAACUAGCUGAACAUUUAUUAAGGAAACUUAUCGAUGCCAUAAAUUAGACGCCGAUGAUAUUGAAUUAAUGUUUAAAAUAGAAAAGUUUGAAUUUAUGCCGCCGUGUAUCGCUUAUGUAAUGCAUAAAUAUGAUACGCCACUGUGACAAAUGGUCGCCGAAAUAGGGAGCUAGCUAGGACGCUCGCAAGCCAAAAAGAAGUGCUAGUGUGUUCAUACAAAUAUGAUACGUGUAAACUGCAUAAACUUCUAAGUAGAUACAUUAUCGUGCGACUUUGUUCACUCCGUUAAGUAGUAGAUCAUGCUUAGAGGUUUUUUCCAUGUCAAUUAAAGCUAUGAAGAACGAACGUAGAUGGGCUUAUCAUAUAUUUGGUAAGUAAUACCUAUAAAACUUGAUCUAGGUCUUCUGUGA